UCCCCCUGCUCCGGGGGUCGGGCUGGGGCUGGUCCUGCUGGAGGAGGAGGAAAGGCUGCGGAAGGAGCAGGACCAGAUUUUAGACACUAAAAUAAUUUUGAAAUGGACCGAUAUGAAGAUGUGUCAGAGGGUGAAGUGGACCAUUCAUUCUUUGAUAGUGAUUUUGAAGAAGCACCAAAGAAAAAUGAAGAAAAUAGUGUGCUCAUAGGAAAAGUAGGUACACAUGUAGCAUCAUCAGACUUGGCAUCAGAAACCAAAUCAAGAGAAGACUCCUGUCCUAAUGAGGAAAGUGAAGAGAAACAGAGAGCUUUGCUAAAGGAGCAGCGUGUAGAUGGUGACACUGACCAUCCUGGGAAUGCUUCUUCAUUGUCACUUUCUCCUGAUUCAGAGAAUGCAGGUACCUCUGGGAGAAUAUCUGCAACAAGUAGAAUACAGGAAAACAUUCCAGCUGGAAUCCCCAAAAUAGUUAAAGAAGGUGAAGAAGACUAUUACACAGAUGAAGAGGAUAGUAGUGAUGAUGGCAAAAAACAAAGGGUUAGACCUAAAUCGGCAAAGCAGUCUAGUGGCAUAAAGAAAGUUAACAAAAAAUAUACCAAUAUCAGCUCCUCUUCCUCCUCCUCCUCUUCCUCCUCCUCCUCCUCCUCCUCCUCCUCAAGUUCAGAUACAGAUUGUUCAGAUACAGAUUCUGACAGCUGCAUAUCGGAUUCAUCCCACUCCUCUUCAAAGAGAAAUACAUGUACCUUGGCUCUUCUGUCUCCACGGCAAAAGUUCAAAUCAGGAGUAAAAUCAGUGGAAUUAAAACCGAAGCUUGGUGACUACACAGAGGAGUCUGAAGAUACAGUGACUGACGUUACUCCUCUGUCAACACCAGACAUCAGUCCUAUCCAGUCUUUUGAACUCGCAGCAUCAAAUGACAAGAAACUGAAAAUAAAACGACAGGAAAAUGUGAGCCAAGAACUAUAUGAUUCCGAGAUUGAUCGCAGAUAUAAUCGAAAGGUUUUGCAUGAUGCUAUGGACUUGAAUCAGCUUUUGAAAGCUUUUCUACACUUGGAGAAGAAAGAGCAGCAAAAGAUGGUCAUUGAUCCGCCAUCUAAAGGAUCAAGAAAAAAUUACUCUUUCACAAAUGAGGAAGUAAGGCAAAUUGAUCGGGAAAACCAAAGGCUCUUAAAAGAACUGUCCAGACAGUCUACAAAGCCAAGGAGCAAAAGUGCCACACUGAAGAAGUCUACUCUCCCACCUCCUAAGUUAUACCACAGUGCCCUCAACAGGCAAAAGGAACAGCAGAGGAUUGAAAGAGAGAAUCUGGCUCUUCUGAAGAGACUGGAAGCUGUGAAACCAACAGUGGGUAUGAAACGUUCAGAGCAGUUGCUGGACUAUCAGCGCCAGAUGAAUUAUCUAAGUUCUUCACCGUCUGCAAGACGAGGAAAGUCUGCAAUGAGCCAGCUUAGCCCUUCAAGAGGAACUUCCAGAGCAUCCAGUGUACCCAGUGCCAUCAGUCAUAGGAGUGAGAGACCAGUUUCUGAUUCAUCCAGCGGGGCAUUACAGAGACCUAAGCCCACUAACGUUCGUGCUGCUUGGUUAUGAAUUAUUUCUACUUAGCCUAACAUUCUUAUUUGAUCAGCAGAUUUCGAUUUCUAAUGCUUUUGUAAAUUCUUUGUGCCAGGAUAUUGUAAUCUGCAUCAUUUGGUGAUUAAAGUGCACUGCAGUAUGAUGUAAUUUCUUGUAAAUUUGGUUUUAAAUGGAAAAUUUCUUUCUAAUUAGUGUUUUCUGAAAAGACUAUAUUUAUAAAAGAGAGGCAUUUAACAGACAACUAGAAAUUGCACAAACCUUUAUUUUAUUCUCAAAGCACAAUUGAAGUUCAUAUGUGACGCUAGAAUGAUAUAGUUGCUGCACCUGGGACCCAAGAUGUAAAACAAAAAUCCAGUUGUUUUUGUUUUAAUUUUUAAAUUGCAAUAAACCAUCAAGCAUGUACUUAA